AGGUUCGCACCGGCGGCACAUUACUGGAACCUAGUGGUUGAGGAGGGCCGCCGAGCAUGACUAUAUACUUUAUAAAACCCAGUUGGGUGUAGGUGCCGGGGCGCAGUCUGCUGUGAGUCCUCGUGCUGUCCACUUGACUCUGCUGAAUCCAUCAGAGCCGCCACCACCAUGCCUGAGUACAAGCUGAUCUACUUCAACGCCAGGGGUCGCGCUGAACUGAGUCGCUGGAUCAUGGCUUACGGUGACAUCAACUACACCGACGAGCGCAUCGAGAGGGCAGACUGGCCCGCCCGCAAGUCCACUAUUCCCGGAGGCAAGGUGCCAGUGUUGAUGGUGGACGACAAGCCUCUGCCACAGUCACUAGCCAUCGCCCGCUACCUGGCCAAGCAGGCUGGGCUCAUACCUUCAGACGAUCUCGACGCUGCUUACUGUGACGCCCUGGCUGACACACUCUCUGAGAUGAUGGCUGAGGCUUACAAGAUACUGUUCGCCAAGAUAGACGAAGAUGAGAAGAAGAAGAAGUACAAGGACGACUUGUACCCCAACAUUAUAUCUCCUCUCUUGCACCGCCUCGACAAGCGUCUGGCAGAUAGGGAGUGGUUCGCUGGAGGCAAAAUAACAUGGGCUGACCUGAUGCUUGGGCUGGUGUUUCAAGGACUGAGGAAGAAGCAACCGACGAUGCUGAAGGAAUUUUCGAGCGUAGAGAACCACGUCAACAAGGUCGUCGCUCUCCCUAAGAUCAAGCAGUGGAUUGACAGUCAGCCCGAGACCCCCUUCUGAGAGGCUUUCCAACAUAAAUGGACGUCUGUUUCAUUGUAAUUCUUCACUAUCCAUUACAAUACCUUUCUUAAAUGGACUUACCUGUUUUUAUUUCAGUUUUUGACUAGUUGGGACUACUUUUUUGUUAACUAUUUCCACUAUUUCUUCUUGGUCGACAUCUUUACUUACUUGUUCGAUCCUCUAUUUGAUGUUGAUCCCCUCACAGUUGUUGUAUUGUCCAUCCCCAUUAGUGAUUUUCUUUUCCUGGUCUUUAUAUGCAGUAUAAAUAUAUAAACCGUAUUUAGUGUCAACAUCAUUAUAGUAAAAGCAACGGAUAAAUAUCCUUCUUCAGCGACGUCAGGAUAUUACCAAGUGCAAAAAUGUGUAAAAGAGAUCAUAAAAAUCUUUAUAUAUUGA